UAUUUUGAAAUUAAUGACCGGAAGCUUUACAUUAGCGGAAGAAGAAACGGGGUGUAACUUCCUGGAAACAAAGAGGUUUAUCAAUAGUCUAUGAUAUCAGUCCGUGUUUGUUAUCGAUUAUCAGUUGCUCAGUUAAGCUCUCUGAGCCUCCCGGUGUCUGUCAGCGCGGUGAUCCACGGGAACAAACCGGAGAUCAAACCUCUAACAUCCGCUGCCGCUGUUAGCUUUAGCUGCUGUUAGCCUAGCCGAGAUCAUCCGAACGGAGUUAACUCGGUUGGUCCCGGAUCGGACCGGACCGGGUGAGCAGCGGUUCUACCAUGGGAGCCCACCGCAGUGAGGGAGGCCGGGACUGGCUGGAACAGGACGGACCGGAGCAGCCGGAACAGAGCCCGAAGCCCUGGAACCUGAUGAUCAAACACAGACAGAUUCACAGACGAGGACGGCGCUCACACAUGACUGUCAGUUACACUGAUCCUCAGGUGUCCAUGGACCUGUUGAGGGCGGUGCUUCAGCCCAGCUUCAACGAUGACAUCAUGGCUGUGUUCAGGAAGUACCAUAAGUUCUUUGAAAAGGCAGCAGAGAACGUGAAGGAAAAUGUUGGAGACGACGUUCAGACUGACCAGCUGAUCAGAGAGGCCUGCAGGAACGUUCUAGAACAUGCCAAGCAGCUGUUUCCAGAGGGGGAGGUGAAGAGGGCGGGGUCAGAGGUCGCCAUCAAGAGGUCCAGAACUGCUGAUGAAGACUACAUUCAGAGAGGAAGCCCCCUCCCAAAGAAGAGACGAACUCGUCCAGGUUUGGCAGUGGUUUCCUCUGAUCGACCUCACACCUUCUCCACUCAAGUGAAGCUCAAGUCUGAUCCCAUCAAGAGAGAAGGACCAAAGUGGGAUCCAUCCAGACUGAACGAAGGUAGCACGUUUGUUCUCGGCUCCAGAGCCAACAAGGCGCUGGGGAUGGGCGGGACCAGAGGACGCAUCUACAUCAAACAUGCUGAUCUGUUCAAGUAUGCCGCAGAUGCGAAGGAUAAGCAGUGGCUGGCAGAGAGACACCACAUGAGAGCCACCGGAGGGAAGAUGGCCUACCUGCUGAUUGAGGAGGACAUCCAGGAUCUGUCUCGUAGUGACGAUUACAAGGACUGCCCGGAUGUCAGGAUGGACGAGUUGAAGCCGUUCUCGGUUCCUCUGUGGAUGGUGGAGAAGAUGCAGAGAGCCAUGGAGGCUCAGAGAGAUGCUGACCUCUGACCCCACCCCCCGCCACACCAAUAGAUUAUUGUGAAACCUGAGCAGACGCUGUAGAAACAAUUAACCAAUAAGGGGAAGAGCGAUUUAUCAUGUGAUUGUUAUGGUUACUGCUGUUUUUUUUUUUUUUAAAUAAAAAACUCUGAACUCUG